CCGAGGGAAGCCGAGCCCCGGGGAGGGCAGGGCUCGUGUCAAUUUUCUUUUCUUUUUUUUUUUUUUUUUUUGUGCGGCCGGAGCGGGUGGCGGGCGGGCGGCGGGCGGGGAGACCCCGGCGGCGCGGCAGAGCCAUGGACGGCCCGACGCGGGGCCAUGGACUCCGCAAGAAGCGGCGGUCGCGGUCGCAGCGAGACCGGGAGAGGCGCUCCCGGGGCGGGCUGGGGGCCGGCGCGGCCGGCGGCGGCGGGGCCGGCCGGACCCGGGCGCCCUCGCUCGCCUCGUCGUCGGGCUCCGACAAGGAAGACAAUGGGAAGCCCCCGUCCUCCGCCCCGUCCCGGCCCAGACCCCCGCGGAGGAAGCGGCGGGAGUCCACGUCGGCCGAAGAGGACAUCAUUGAUGGAUUUGCCAUGACCAGCUUUGUCACUUUUGAAGCGCUGGAGAAAGAUGUAGCACUUAAGCCUCAGGAACGAGUGGAGAAGCGCCAGACCCCCUUGACCAAGAAGAAACGAGAAGCACUUACCAAUGGCUUGUCCUUUCACUCCAAGAAGAGCAGGCUCAGCCACCCACGCCACUACAGCUCAGACCGAGAAAAUGAUCGCAAUCUCUGCCAACACCUGGGGAAGAGAAAGAAAAUGCCGAAGGGAUUCAGACAGGAGUCACUGCUGGCAACGCUCCAGGACCAUAUGAAGUGCCAUGUUGAACCCAGGUUGGCUGCAUGCAGGGUCAAACCAGGGCAGAACAGCUGCAGGGACAGUGACAGUGACAGUGCCAGUGGAGAAUCCAAGGGCUUCCACAGGAGCAGCUCCCGGGAGAGGCUCAGCGACAGUUCAGCUCCUUCCAGCUUGGGAACAGGCUACUUUUGUGACAGUGACAGCGACCCAGAAGAGAAGGCCUCAGAUGCCAGCUCUGAAAAACUCUUCAAUACUGUUAUUGUAAACAAAGACCCGGAGUUAGGCGUUGGCACCCCACCCGCACACGACAGCCAGGAUGCGGGGCCCAUCGUCCCCAAGAUAUCGGGUCUAGAGAGAAGCCAGGAGAGGAGCGAGGACUGUUGCAAGGAGCCCAUCUUGGAGGCGUCCGUGCUGAAGGAGGCCUGUGCUCAGGUCCCACCGCCGCUGGCCCUGCCCCCCGCCGAGCCGCAGCCGCGCGCGCCUUCGCCGGACCCCGGCUUGGUGCCCCGCCCCGAGGCCCCAGCGCAGCCUCCGCGUCCCAGCACACAGACGCCCCAGGGCCCCGCCGAGCCCCAGCUGCAGCCGGCCCCGCAGCCGCCCGUGCAGCGGGCACCCCGGCCGCAGUCCCCCGCGCAGCUGCUCCACCCGGGCCUCCCGCCCGUGCAGGCGCACCCCCCGGGCCCCGGCCUCGCCCAGCCGCUGUCCGCCUACAACAGCAGCAGCCUGAGCCUCAACAGCCUGAGCAGCAGCAGAAGCAGCACUCCGGCCAAGACUCAGCCCGCCCCGCCCCACAUCUCGCACCACCCCGCUGCCUCCCCGUUCCCCCUCUCCCUGCCCAACCACAGCCCCCUGCACAGCUUCACGCCCACCCUCCAGGCCCCCGCACACGCACAUCACCCCAAUAUGUUUGCCCCUCCCACUGCUCUGCCUCCUCCACCACCGCUGACAUCAGGGAGUCUGCAGGUCCCUGGGCACCCCGCCGGGAGCACUUACUCAGAGCAAGACAUCCUUCGGCAGGAACUGAACACCCGCUUCUUGGCCUCUCAGAGUGCUGACCGGGGGGCUUCGCUGGGCCCCCCGCCUUACCUGCGGACCGAGUUCCACCAGCACCAGCACCAGCACCAGCACACGCACCAGCACACGCACCAGCACACCUUCACGCCGUUCCCCCACGCCAUCCCGCCCACCGCCAUCAUGCCGACGCCAGCACCUCCCAUGGUGCGUACCCCAGGCAGAAAUUUUGACAAAUACCCUACCAAAGUUGACCCCUUCUACCGGCACAGUCUCUUCCAUUCCUAUCCUCCUGCAGUAUCGGGCAUCCCCCCUAUGAUUCCACCCACUGGCCCCUUUGGUUCACUACAAGGAGCAUUUCAGCCCAAGACAUCCAACCCCAUCGACGUGGCCGCUCGACCCGGGACCGUCCCCCACACUCUGCUCCAGAAGGACCCGCGGUUGACAGAUCCUUUCAGACCUAUGUUAAGGAAGCCGGGGAAGUGGUGCGCCAUGCACGUGCACAUCGCCUGGCAGAUAUACCACCACCAACAGAAAGUCAAGAAACAGAUGCAGUCAGACCCGCAUAAACUGGACUUCGGACUGAAGCCCGAGUUCCUGAGCCGCCCCCCAGGCCCCAGCCUCUUUGGAGCCAUCCACCACCCCCACGACCUGGCACGGCCUUCCACUUUGUUCUCCGCUGCUGGUGCUACACACCCCACUGCGACGCCUUUUGGGCCGCCUCCUCAUCACAGCAACUUCCUGAACCCUGCUGCUCACCUCGAACCUUUUAAUCGGCCUUCCACCUUCACGGGCCUCGCAGCAGUCGGUGGGAAUGCCUUCGGGGGACUUGGAAAUCCUUCAGUUACACCCAACUCAAUGUUCGGCCACAAGGAUGGCCCCAGUGUGCAGAACUUUAGCAACCCUCACGAACCCUGGAACCGGCUACACCGAACGCCUCCGUCGUUCCCGACCCCUCCGCCCUGGCUGAAGCCGGGGGAGUUGGAGCGUAGCGCGUCCGCUGCAGCUCAUGACAGAGAUAGAGAUGUAGAUAAACGAGACUCAUCUCUUAGUAAAGAUGACAAAGAAAGGGAAAGCGUCGAGAAGAGACACGCUAGCCACCCUUCACCAGCACCUCUCCUCCCGGUGAGCACCCUGGGGCACCCCCGCGGCUCCGCCGAGCAGAUCAGGGGUCAUUUGAACACUGAGGCGCGCGAGAAGGACAAGUCCAAAGAGAGGGAGCGAGACCACUCGGAAUCCCGGAAGGACCCGGCCGCCGCCGAGGAGCACAAGGCCAAGGACGGCCACCCGCCCGAGAAGGACGGCCACGGCCACGAGGGCCGUGCUGGGCCCGACGAGGCCAAGCAGCUGGCCCGGGUGCCCUCGCCCUACGCGCGCACCCCCGGAGUGGAGAGCGCCAGGCCCAACAGCACCUCGAGCCGCGAGGCCGAGCCCCGCAAGAGCGAGCCGGCCUACGAGAACCCCAAGAAGAGCUCGGAGGUCAAGGUGAAGGAGGAGCGCAAGGAGGAGCACGACCUGCCCCCCGAGGCGCCGCAGACCCACCGGGCCGCCGAACCGCCGCCACCCAACUCCUCCAGCAGCGUGCACCCCGGGCCCUUGGCCUCCAUGCCCAUGACGGUGGGGGUGGCCGGCAUCCACCCCAUGAACAGCAUCGGCAGCCUGGACAGGACUCGCAUGAUGACCCCGUUCAUGGGCAUCAGCCCCAUUCCCGGCGGAGAGAGGUUCCCGUACCCUUCUUUCCACUGGGACCCCAUCCGGGACCCCCUGCGGGACCCCUACCGAGAACUGGACAUCCACCGCAGGGACCCGCUGGGCAGGGACUUCCUGCUCAGGAACGACCCUCUCCACCGCCUCUCGACCCCGCGGCUGUACGAGGCCGACCGCUCCUUCAGGGACAGGGAGCCCCACGACUACAACCACCACCACCACCACCACCACCACCCGCUGUCGGUGGACCCGCGGCGGGAGCACGAGCGGGGCGCGCACCUGGACGAGCGCGAGCGGCUGCACAUGCUCCGCGAGGACUUCGAGCACACGCGGCUGCACCCGGCGCACCCCGCGUCCCUCGACGGCCACCUGCCCCACCCCGGCCUCCUCACGCCGGGGCUCCCCAGCAUGCACUACCCCAGGAUCAGCCCCACCGCCGGCCACCAGAACGGACUGCUGAACAAGACGCCGCCCACCGCGGCGCUCAGCGCGCCGCCGCCGCUCAUCUCCACGCUGGGGGGCCGCCCCGUGUCCCCCCGGAGGACUACGCCCCUGUCGGCCGAGAUGCGGGAGCGGCCGCCGUCCCACACGCUCAAGGACAUUGAAGCGCGGUAAAGGAGGGCCGCCCGCGGCCGCGCGGGGCGCUGGACAGCACCCGGGCCCGCCGCGCCCCCUGCCCCUGGACGCCAGUCCCGAGCAGAGAGCCAGCCGGGGUGGGGGGGAGGGGCUCCUCCCGCAGCCGCACAGCCUGGGGGCCCCUGAGACACCCCCUCCUCCAACCCGUCCCCCCCUCAAACCCCUCUUGUACAAAAUUGUACAGACUUCGGUGCAGAUUUUGAAAUGUUUUGUAUAUUAUAUGUUGAAAUUUUUUCAGAUCUUUCAGCCAAGUCAUACGUUCUCAUUAUCUCCUCUUUUUUUUGGUUUCUCGUAUCCAACUUUUGCAGUCAGAACCAAAACAGUGAAGAUGACGUCCCAUAGCGAUUUGGUGAUUUUUGUUUUUUUGGGGGUUUUUUGUUUGGUUUUUUUUUUUUUUUUUGGUGUUUUUUUUUUCCGGGGAGGGAGGGUCGUGGGGGGAGGGAGGGUUUGCUCAAUAUCCACACACUCCAUCCUGCAAAAGCUCUCAGAUGAGAAGGGAAGGCCGUGUACAUAGCUGUGUAAAAAGAGAUUGCUUCGUGAGCUAAUGGUUCAUAUAUGCAAAAGGGUAAGAUGAAAGCUUUACUUUGUACAAAUGUAAAUAGAUAAAGAUUAAGUAACAUAAUACAUUAAUACUUCUUUAAAAUGUGCUAUUUGCAGACCUAAUAUCAGUGAGCACAGCCUGCCAUGGCUGUGUUCCCAUAUAUUGUUAUAGACAGCUAAACCCUUCAACUAUGCAAUGAAUGUCAGGGCUUUGCACAAAAGCCCUUCUAACUCAAAGGAGCCUUUUCAAAUCCAUUUACAACAUACUUAAGGUCAUAUUUUCCCUGAACAAGCGCUUACGUGAUAUGACUCUGUUUUCCUUGCUUGUUUUUUUUUCAAACGGAGAAACAUCCUAAUUUUGCAAUUUGGACCCCAGGCUGAAAGUUUGCAUCUGAAGCCCCACUUGGGGGGCUCUGAGGGUGGGGGUGGGGGGCGGGGAACAGAGCGCCAUCCCAAAAGGUAGCCGAGGCCCUGAGCAACCCGUGCCGGGGAGGAUAGCAGUUGUCAGAUGCCAGAAUCAGGGGACACAGACAGGUCGCCAGCAUCUUGUCACCACCAUCACCAGUCACGUGAUCUCACACAUUACACCCCCCCUCCCCAUGUGGGACCCAUGUCAUGUGUCAUGCAUCCUGGCCCCUCUCUGUUCACGCCUCCUUGUUUCGUGACUCGAUUUCAUUCCACCCCAAACAUAUCCUGAAAGAAAGCUUCACGUUUUCUCAGAUGAUGGAUUAUGUUUUCACUGUGUUCCCUAACCGACGAACAUUUCCUGAUGUGACUUGUGGCUUCCUGUCAGUGAUCAGGUCUGGGCAUGGCCAUGGCAGGUGCCCUUGGUGGAGCCAGGGAGAGUUACAGAGGAUGAGAGGGGGGCAGAGACCAAGUCUUGUGCGUGCUUUUGAGUUUGCAUCAAUCUCUUAAUGUCUCUUCAUAAUACUUUUAUAAUACAUUAAGCCUCUUGUCUACAUAUUUGGAGAGAAUAUGACUUUACUAGCAGAGAAAUACAAUAUAUCUUGUCUACUGGACUGUAAAAUAUAUGUAUGAAAAAAAAUUAGUUCCAUUUGGUCUUCUAGUAUAUUAAAGUGCUAUCUGACGUUGGUAUCCUGUUUUUGCAAAAAAAAAAAAGAAAAAAAAAGGUUAACUACAGACCAUUGUUUCUAAUAAGCAGAGAGAUCUAUUUUAGUAGUAAACUGAAGGUUUAGUUGUGAGCUUCAGAUUUUUGUGAACUCCAGAUGUUGUGCAGUGUUUUUUUUUUUUUUUAAGACAACUAAAAAAGAAAAAAAAAUCCGAGGAAUAUGUACACUGGAACUGUAGUGGUAGCUCUCAGUAUUGUAAAGAGAUUGUUCUAUACAGACCUUUUUGCUGUUUAUCCUGUAUGUAAUAAAGUCCUUUCUAGAUCCUAUGUGAAAAGAGAAGAAGCGACUGAAUCUUCAGCAUGUUCUCAUCGGCGGCGCUUUCUUGUGUAAUGUAAACUGUGCCAUGUUAUUAAAAAAUGUGAACUAAG